AUGAUAGUGUACACAGGGGCAAAUAAUGUUGAUAUUCCUAAUGUUAGUAGAAAGGAUCCCUUGGGCAAGUCAGGGGUAAUUGUAAAGAAAAUGAUGGCACCCUACCUAGGAAAAGGACACAUAUUGUAUACAGAUAACUGGUAUACAAGCCCAGCACUAUUGCAGUUCCUACAUGAACAUGCUACUGGAGCAUGUGGUACUGCAAAAGUAAAUAGAAAGUUCAUGCCAAAGUUUGAUGGCCCAGUCUCACAUUACGAAAAUGCAAGUGAGAGUGAUGAUGAAGACGAUGCAAACAAAGAAGGUAAUCACAAAAAGAAAACAAAGUCCAAACCAAAAUGUUAUCAGAAAGAGAAGUCGGGAAAAAUCGUAGCCAUGAAGUGGACAGACAGGAAACCAGUCCAUCUGCUUUCUACUGUACAUAAAGGGGAAAUUGUGGCCACAAACAAAGUCCACUACAAAACAAAGAAGACGAUCUUGAAACCAGACAUUGUGGUGGACUACACUGAGAAUAUGCGACUCAUUGAUAAGUGUGACAGUCAGCUCAGUGGAGUAGAGUGUUUGAGAAAAUCAUUCAAGUGGUACCAUAAGUUCUUUCUCCACAUGGUAGAUGUCACUAUGCUCAAUGCCUAUAACAUUUGGCUGGUAAGAACCACAGACCCCACUGUCAGGAAACUAAAAUUCAGAGAAUUUGUCUACAAUGUUGCAUAUCAGUUACUUGAGGAGUUCGGCACUGUCACCAACAGUCGACAGGGUCACCGUGGGCACCGUGCUCCUGACAGGCCAGAUCGUUUGCUUGCAUCUGCUUACAUCACUCGCCACCAUCUCCGAUACACAGAUCUGAAUGAAAGGACUAACAAGAAAAAACAACUCAACUGUCAUGUCUGUGCCAACACAUCAAGGGGUGACAAGAAACGCACAAGGGUCACGACAUUGUGCAGAGAAUGUGAUGUGCCACUGUGUCCAACAGAAUGUUUUGCAGCAUGGCACACAAUGAAAAACUACUGA